AUGCCCGCACUCUCGUCACUGGCAAGGAUUAAUAUCCGAGAAUUCGCAGGAUUUUUCAACUAUCUUCGCGACGACUUCAGAGACCGAACCCUGGUUCGAGCUGAAGGGUACAUGGAGGAAAAGUGCAAAGAGCAGGAGAAGCGUCACAUGAUAAACCUGGAAGAACAUACAAGCCAAGAAAAACCAAAUGCAUCGCUCACCGUUCCCGGGCACCGCACAACACCCCAAUUGAGGUUCGAUGAUUGA